AUGGAGCCGGACGGGGACCUGGAGGAGCUGGCCCGGCUGCGCUCCGUCUUCGCCGCCUGCGACGCCAACCGCUCGGGGCGCCUGGAGCGCGAGGAGUUCAGCGCGCUGUGCGCGGAGCUGCGCGUGCGGCCGGCCGACGCCGAGGCCGUGUUCCAGCGGCUCGACGCCGACCGCGACGGCGCUAUCACCUUCCAGGAGUUCGCGCGAGGCUUCCGCGGGGCCCACCGCGGGAGACGGCGCUGGGGCCGGGGGCCGCGGGAGCCCGCGUUCACUGCGGCCCUGGUGGGGUCCGACCCCGGGGACAGCCAGGAGGACGAGGGCGACGAGGACGCGGCGGCGGCACUGGCCGCCCACUGGGACUCGCCGAGCCAGGGCCAGGCUUGGCAGGACUUCCAGGCGCGACUCGGGGACGAGGUCAAGUUCAUCCCCAGAAAAGAGCAAGUUAGUACCUUGUAUCACAACAUCAACCUCGUGGAGCCAAGACUAAUUCAGCCAUAUGAACAUGUUAUAAAGAACUUUAUCCGUGAGAUCAAACUUCAAAGCACAGAAAUGGAAAACCUGGCCAUUGCAGUGAAGAGAGCCCAGGACAAGGCAGCCAUGCAGUUGAGUGAAUUGGAAGAGGAAAUGGAUCAGAGGAUUCAGGCUGCAGAACACAAGACGCGGAAAGACGAAAAACGCAAAGCUGAAGAAGCCCUCAGUGACCUCAGGCGUCAGUAUGAAACAGAAGUGGGAGAUCUACAGGUGACAAUAAAGAAACUCAAAAAGCUAGAAGAACAAUCAAAACACAUAAGUCAAAAGGAAGAUGUGGCUGCAUUAAAAAAACAAAUUUAUGAUUUAUCAAUGGAAAAUCAGAAAGUUAAGAAAGAUCUUUUAGAAGCACAGACAAACAUAGCCUUUCUUCAGAGUGAAUUAGAUUCUUUGAAAAGUGAUUAUGCUGAUCAGAGUCUGAAUUCUGAAAGGGAUCUGGAAAUAAUCCGAGAGUACACAGAAGAUCGAAAUAGUCUUGAGAGGCAAAUUGAAAUACUCCAAUCAGCUAACAGGAAACUGCAUGACAGUAACGAUGGCCUAAGGAGUGCCCUUGAAAACAGUUACAGCAAGUUCAACAGAUCCUUGCGCAUAAAUAAUAUAUCACCAGGGAAUACAAUUUCCAGAAGCAGUCCUAAAUUUAAUGCUCAUUCUCCUCAACCUCUGGGCUAUGACAGGUCAUCCCGCUCUUCCUACAUGGAUGAGGACUGUGACUCUCUGGCCCUCUGUGAUCCCAUGCAGAGGAUAAAUUGUGACAUUGACAGCCUGCCUGAGAGCUGCUUCGACAGCGGCUUGUCUACCCUGAGAGAUUCCAAUGAGUAUGACUCGGAGGUGGAGUACAAGCACCAGAGGGGAUUCCAGAGGUCACACGGCACGCAGGAGAGCUUUGGGGGUGAUGCUUCAGACACAGACGUUCCUGAUAUAAGGGAUGAAGAGACGUAUGGCUCAGAAGGCGUGGCUUCCAUCCUGGACUGGAAGCCGCAGGAGUCUGCUAGUGAAGGCAGUGUCAUUAGCUCCUUGAGAAAGCCCAUCUCAGCACUUGCACCACAGACAGACGUGGUGGGUGAUAACCAUAAAUCUUCCAGCUCACAGAAGGCUUACAAGAUUGUGCUGGCUGGGGACGCUGCAGUAGGAAAGUCAAGUUUGCUCAUGAGACUUUGCAAGAAUGAAUUUCGAGGAAACACAAGUGCCACCCUGGGAGUUGAUUUUCAAAUGAAAACUCUCAUUGUAGAUGGAGAGCGAACAGUACUGCAACUCUGGGAUACCGCUGGCCAGGAGAGAUUCAGAAGUAUUGCCAAGUCUUAUUUCAGAAGAGCAGAUGGCGUUUUGCUGCUGUAUGAUGUUACGUGUGAGAAAAGCUUUCUUAAUGUACGAGAAUGGGUAGAUAUGAUUGAGGAUGCAGCCCAUAAUAGCAUUCCUAUCAUGUUGGUAGGAAACAAGGCUGAUCUUCGUGAUGCUGCUGAAGCGGAAGGACAAAAAUGUGUCCCAGGGUACUUUGGAGAAAAACUGGCCAUGACCUAUGGGGCAUUAUUUUGUGAAACAAGUGCCAAAGAUGGUUCGAAUAUAGUGGAAGCUGUUCUCCACCUUACUCGGGAAGUGAAAAAAAGAACUGAUGAGGAUGACAGCAAAUCCAUUACCAAUCUGAGUAGGACCAGUUCCAAAAAGUCAACCCAGAUGAAGAAUUGUUGCAAUGGUUAAAUCCAGAAGAUCCUUGGCCCAUGAAGCCUUCAUUCCCAGAGUACUGAAUGUACGUGACUUAUUUGCUUCCUACAUGGAGUGGUACAUCCUACGGGCACUGUCAUAUGUAGAGUUACAGUGUGGGAAAUCUGAACUGUGCUCUCAGGUCCCUCCAGAACCUCGGCUCUUUUUUGCUAUGUUUCAAUGAGUGAUUUGGGCCCUCUGGUUAAAUAUACCUGUCUUAUCCUUACAAAGUCUUAACAGAUAAUGUGUAAAUGUUUUUAAAGUGGU